UCAGUAUCAAGGAGAUGAGAAACUGGACACAGACAUACCAACCAAGUUGGAGGCUGUACUUUUCACCCGUACUGGGACCAAGUUCCUUUGGCUUGUGCUUCAGCCUUUAUUUUAUGCUCUUCGCCCUCCUGUUGUUUAUCCGAAGGCCCUGACAACCCUUGAGUACGUCUGCAUCAUCAUCCAGUUAUCCUUUGAUGCAAUAAUUAUUCAUUUUUUCGGAUGGAGAUCAUUGUUAUACUUGCUUGGGGGAUGCUUUCUGGCAAUGGGUGUCCAUCCCGUUGCUGGCCAUUUCGUAUCUGAACAUUACAUGUUCAAGAAAGGAUUCGAAACAUACAGCUAUUAUGGUCCUCUCAAUUGGAUAACCUUCAAUGUGGGAUAUCACAACGAACAUCACGACUUCCCAUAUGUUGCUGGUUCAAGACUCCCAGAAGUGAAGCGGAUUGCACCAGAGUUCUAUGACGAUCUGCCUCAGCACAACUCCUGGGUCAAAGUCCUUUACGACUUUGUCACCGAUCCCGACAUUGGUCCUUAUGCUAGAAUCAAAAGGAAGCACAAGGGCUUAGAUUAAGUUCUUAUUUCUUGGACCGUCUAUUUCUAUAAAUUUUAUUUUGGCCUCAUUUGAAUUUUCGGUGCUGGCAAGAAUAAUAUUUCCUAAAGAAUUUUUCCCUUAAAAUUAAGCUUGAGCAGACAAAAAGCGAAAGGUUGCGUGAAUCCAGAAACCUAGUCUGCUUUUAUUUUCCAAUGGGUACGUUUAUUUUGCUUGUAAAUUUAAUAUAAUCUUCAAGUCCUUGAAGGAGACACCAUAAUGAGUUAAAAUGAACUAUCUACAAGAAAUUCAACAUGAG